UUUUCUUUUUGUCAACCUUUUUCCCCAUAUCUACGUAUUAAAAUGCUCUUUCAAUGAUGAAUACCCUUCACACAUUUAAUUAUUAUCAUGUUUUCACCUUGGUAAUACUGAUAUACAUAUUGAAAAUAUUAAGUUUAUCAACUUAACAGACAAGAAUAAAUAAUGAUAUUACUGAUUGAUGCAAAUAAUACACAAAUUCAUCCAAAAGUACAUCAUUCAUUGACCACAUUCUAUAGUAUUGUACCAAUAAUUAUUUUGAUUAUUGGAAUACCUGGUAAUAUUCUAUCUAUGGUGAUUUGGUUAAAACGUAUAUCGGUGACAGUGGGUUCAACAAGUUUACUGAUUGGAGUUAUGUGUAUGACAGAUACUUAUGUUAUAGCACAUGGUUGUUUAAGACAAUGGAUAAUCGGCAUAACAGAUGAACAAAUGGAUAUACGUAUCAAAUUAAAUUGUGGUAUACCCCUAUUCUUAUUCACAUUUUCAACAGAUUUAUCAACAUGGAUUAUUAUAUUAUUAUGUAUUGAAAGAGCUAUAUGUGUAUGGACACCAGUUAGAUUUAAACAAUGGUGUAGACUAGAACACGGGAUCACUGCACUUGUAAUAGUUAUCUUAAGUUUAAUCAGUUUAAAUAUUCAUUAUGUAUGGACUGUACACGUGAAUGAUAAUUCAUGUGCACCAAAACCAGAGUAUAGAGCAUUUCAUUUCUAUUGGCCGUAUAUAGACUUUGCAAUUUAUUCCUUUAUUCCAUUAGCCUUUAUACUACUAGUAAAUAUUAGUAUUAUAUGGCGGAUGAAGACGACUAGUUUAGCGGUGAAACAUGCUAGAAAUACAGCAACAUCAACAACAACAACAACAACAGUUCUAUCAAAACCAGCAUCAUCUACAAUGUUAAAUACUUCAACAUGUUCACAAGGUAAAGUGAUUCUACAAAAGGAUAAAUCAUCAAAACAUCGUGAACAACGUUCAUCUCGUGUGUUAAGAACAGUUGUCUGUAUGACUAUAAGUCAUUUUGUCUUAACAAUGCCAGUUGUCUUCUUUUAUUUAUUUGAAUAUAAAUUUUGUAUUGAUAGUGGUGAAUGGAUUAAUGUAUGUGAUACAAUUGAAAGAGUCACGGUUAUUUUACAAAUGAUCAAUCAUAUGACACAUUUUUUUAUUUACUCAUGUACAUCAAGUAUAUUUUUAUCAGAUUUCAAUCGUUUGUGUAAAACAAAACAAUUAAAGUGUUGCCUGUCGUUGAGUACGCCAAAUACUCGAUUAAUUAAUAAUUAUAAUGAAAAUACAACUAUAAUAGCUUCUGUUCCUGUUUGUACUACUGCUUGUACUACUGCGCCUUCUCUAACUACAACUGCUGAUAAUCACAUGCUGACUUGUUCUCAAUGAACAAUGAAUUACAUGAAUGCAUUAAAAGAGAUAUGUCUAUUUAUGAUUACACCCAUGAAUAAUACGAUAUAUAUAUAUAUAAGAGAUCAAAAAAGAGGUGUGUUCACAGAUAUUUCUAUGUUGGAAUGACUGAAAUUCCCCCCCAAAAAAUUACAGAUUACAUAAUACACAUUCAUUUUUAUUGUACAUAUAAUUUUCUUUUCUUUUGUGAUAUAUAUAAGAAAGCAAGCAAAUGUGUACCCUAUACUUAAAAGCCUCAUUAGCAAAAUUGUGUGCUAUUUAAUUCUGUCCAGAAAUAUAUCUAUCAAUUCGCAUAUAUAUAUAUAUAUAUAUUUGAAGGCAAGUUUGUUGCAUAACAUACCUGUAUAUAUGUCUAAUUACACAUAUAAAUGUGCAAAUCAGAGAUCAUGCGUGUUGUCUUUGAUUAGUGAUUCCGUGAAACAGCUCUGACAAAUUUAUUACUCCAUUAGUCGAAUUAAGCAAAAUAAUAAUAAUUAAAAAUAGGGGAGGAGAAUGUGAGCUCAAUUUUUGUUACUUCGUGAAUUCCUUUCAUCCAUUUUAUAACCUAAACAAAAGUAAAAUAUAUAUAAAGUAGAAAAAUGUCUAGAAUAUGCUUUUAUUCAUGUUCAUAAUGCAUUAUUUAUUCAAAUUAUACGUAUAAAAGUCUGAAAUUAUGUAAGUGGUUCGAUGUUUAAGUGUUAAAAUGUCUGACUGAUUGACUUACUGUUUUUUAUAAGAAUAUUCUUA